AAUAAUAGAGCAUUAAGUGUUCUGUCUUUGUUCCAAGAACGGGUUCAAAACUUUGGAUUGCCAUCAAGGGUUAUAUGCGACCAUGGCAUGGAAAACAUUGAGGUUGCAUGUUACAUGUUAAAUAGAAGAGGACUAAAUAGAGGAAGUGUCAUUACGGGCCGUAGUGUGCAUAAUCAACGGAUCGAACGUUUAUGGGCAGAGCUGAACAGAGUUGUUUCAUAUUAUUAUUCGGACUUGUUCACUUUCAUGGAGGACCAAGGUAUACUAGACUCUCUGUGUGAGUUUCAUGUAUUUUGUUUGCAUUUUAUUUACUUACCUCGGAUCCAGAGGGCAGUUAGGGAAUUUAGGGACAUGUGGAAUAACCAUGGACUGUCAACUGAAAGAGGACAAACUCCUCUGCAGUUAUGGCACAGGGGUAUUGUUAGUCAUAUUGGAAUCAACAACACAGCUAUAUCUGGUGUUUUGGACAAUGAUGAACAUGUUGACAUCAAUGAAAACAGACCAGAUCCUGAACUACAGACCAGGAAUAAUAUAAUAGUUCCUGAAAACAUUUACCGCCCAAAUGACUCUACCUUGGAAAACAUUCUGGAAACAUUUAACCCAUUACAAAAUGAUGGAAAUCAUGGAAUUGAUCUGUUUUUGGCACUUAAAGAGGAAUGUCAGAUUAGCCAUUUCAUGCAGGAAGAGAAACCAAAGGGUUAG